AUGAAGCGACGCUCCUCCAGCAGUAGGACGCUGCCGACCGCAUCACAGCACGACCGGCCGAGUCAGGAGCCUGCUACGACCGCCGCAGACCCCGUCGAUACCAUCUGCCAAACGCUGGCCAUGGGUGAUGAUACAGCGGACGCAGCACCGCAACCGACAAUGGCGCCCGACAUACCGACCAACGAGCCUCCUGCAGCCCUCGACGCAGACAUAGACGUGGACGAGGACCCGGCCGAUGACGAAGACGACACGCCACUACCAACAUUCUUGACCCGAACAGCCAUCACGGACGAGCGAGCGCGCGAUCUCUUUGCAAAGUACAAUCUGAAGUACGACCCGCGUGGGAAGCGACCGCAGCAAGAGCCGCCCAAUAAGAUACGGCGAGUGGAAAAGCCGGUUCGGCUGAGGGUACACUGGACAUGUCAUGAAUGUCGCUUGCAGUUUGGAUUGGAGAAGGUGUGUGCGAGUUGCGGGCAUCGCAGGUGUCGAGAGUGUGUUAGGCACCCACCGAAGAGAGCAAGGGAGGCAUUGGAAUUUAAUACACCGCAUGUGGAAGGACCAGACGAGCAGGUUCAGGACGGAGCAGAAGAGCCACCCAUGGCCGAAGACUCGACUACAGUAGACCCGGAUCUGCUUUCAUACCGCGCCGAACCAGCUGCACCACCACUAUCACCGGAAGAUGCGUCCGCAAAUGGGACUCCGAGGACGUCAGCACCAGCAGCUACAGCAGGAGAACCUUUAUCAUCGCCAGCAUUGGAGAUCGAUGACGAUGCGGAGGCCGAUUACGCGAAUCUACGCUCGACUCAAUACAUGAUAUACACACGGCCUCGAGCUGCUAUCCAUUCCAUCCUUGAGCCAACGACAAAAUCCACCCGAAGAACAUGUCACGAAUGCAACGCCACACUCCGACAAAGUGGUUCCCAGAAUUGUUCCAACUGCGGCCACGUCAAAUGCGAUCUAUGUACGCCUUCUACCGAACCUCAGCUACAGGAACCAGGACCGAGCAAUCAAGUAGCAGAAGAAGAGGUCCCAAUGGUCAGGGCGGUCAAGCGAGUUUACCGGAAACCGCGCCAGCGGGUCAGGUACAGAUGCGAGAAUUGCAACACGCAUUUCAUCGAGUCGGAUAGGUGUAUUGAGUGUGGGCACGAGCGGUGCCACGCCUGCCACCGCGACCCACCCAAACGCCAUCAUCGCGCCCACGACCCGGAAAUCCUCGCUGCGGUUGCCAACCGACUCGCAGCAUACGGUGGCGGUUUUGGACAACCACCUGGCAUAGCCGCAUGA